CAAAAGCCUCAUGUGAUGUCAUGAAGCUUAAAUUGGAUCCUUGGAUGGGGAAAAGGGAAGGCGGGAUAAUUUUGCCCAUUUUUCAAUUUGCCAAACGAAAAACUUUUUACCAGAUGAUGUAAGCAGGAAUUCCUCGCUGUUGGGACUUGAACUUGACGAGGUUGGCAACGUUUUGACCAGAAUGACUUGAACGUUUUUUUCAAUGUAUUCAACGGCUGUCGACCCUGCUAUGCAACCCCGCACGAAUCCAAAACCUAUUUUGACAUUAGUGGAUCCUUCCCCACCAUCACUAAAGCGACGUGCCUGCCGACUCUUACGACGAUGGCAAGUCUGGGCGGUGAUUAUCCUCUUUGCAGCUGGAUGGGUCAUCUAUCUGGUCUUGAGUCAGCGCGACAACGACUUUGUAGACACCGGGGCCACAUAUGAAUUAUACAACAACCGCAUUGACUUCUCGUUACCUAUAAACGCAACGCAUUGUGGGCCAUCACAAGGUACUCGAUGUCCAGAUCGAAAGUGCUGUUCUGCUGGGGGAUUAUGUGGAUUGGGAGACUACUUUUGCAGUAAGCCACGUUGUCAAGACCGGUACGGGAUCUGCGACAAUGCCAGAACGAGUGACAUUCCAGUAACUACCAACCGAUCCGAAUGCGGAAUACAGUUUGGCACACGGUGCCCAGAUUCCCUAUGUUGUAACUCGAAUGGGUUCUGCGUGAAUGAAAUGAGGGGCUGUGCUACUUUUUUCGGCUGCCAAAGUAAGUUUGGCAAAUGCGAUAAUUCAGAAGCCUUUUCUCGUGGUGGAUAUCUGGCUGGAGCUGACUGGCCCAUGUUGAAUACUCCGCCUCCACCAAAACCGUCAUGGACAGCACUUGUCAAUCUGUCCCUUGUAGCGCCUUAUGGGGUUAAACCAGACAUUCGGAGAUUCAGCUGUGCAGCCGGGUGGCCAUUGUCGAAUGCAUUCGUUAAUAAGCCAUGUACUAAUGCAGAUGGCUGUAGUUGCUGGUGGAGCUGUGAAAAGCAAACUGUUGCGGGUACAGUCCGAAAUUGUUUGCGUGAUGGCAAUGAAGGCACCGACAUAUCGAGUUGUUCCCCACAAUAUAACAAUACGAUUGGGUUGACAUUUGACGACGGACCAAGCGAAUACACAGCGCAGUUGCUGGAUUUUCUGAAAAGCAAAAACCUGACAGCGACGUUCUUUGUGAUUGGAUCUCAUGUCGUGCAGUACCCGAGAAUCCUGCAGCGAGCUUAUGCGGAGGGUCAUACAAUUGCAUCGCAUACCUGGAGUCAUUUUCCAGCGUCCAACAUGACCACCGAAAUGCUCAUUGCGGAUCUGCUUUGGACGGAAUUGGCCAUCACAAAAGCUUUAAAUAUCCGGCCCAGAUUAUUUCGCCCGCCUUUUGGGGACAUUGAUGAUCGAGUCCGCACAGUCCUGACCCAACUCGAUUACCGUGCAGUGCUAUGGAACCUCUCUCCAAGAGAUGCCACAUAUGACUACACAGAUACAGAAGCAGACUCUGCGCAAGUUUUAGUCAAUUUAGAACAGGCGCUGGAUGCAGGCAAGAUGUUCCCAAAUUUCAUCCUGCUGGAGCACGAUCGUGCCAAUGAAACGGUGCAACUCGCGUCACCCAUUAACGAUAUCUUAACGCGACGGGGAUUCCAAUUGGCCAAUGCGAUGGGACCUGGAUGCACGGAUUUGACGGAUUCGCAAAUAUACGGUACAGCUCGGAGCGGACUGUUAUGAAGAGCGAAGGGACGGAAUCCAUUGUGUUACCUCUCCAUCUCUUACGGUGCAUCCAUGUACAACAGGGACGUAGGUGGCUUCAGAGCCCUCUAGCGGACAGGACUUGCCAAAGGCAGCAGUUCGUUUGUUGAUAUCCUUUUGUCGUCCGUCCCGUACUCCCCAAGCCGGCGUGCCCUUCAUCCCGACCCCCCCCCCCCCGACCUUUCGCGCCCACCAUGAUUUUAAUAGAAGUUUGAAUGAUGUAUGUCUGUAUAAUAGAUGCCACAACUAGAAUGCAAUUCUGUGUAUGUAUUAUCGUCCAAUCAAGA